UUGACGUCGAGCCAAAGAAGACAAGAUCGGAUUACAAGAUGGCGCCCAGUGGACGUUAGCGAGGAGGCCGCCGUAGUUGUUGUGUUUCUGCCAUUUUUUUUUUUUAUUACUCCGAACGAGGGCUGCCCUCUGGCUUGUUCCGCCGCCGGGCAUGUUAAGGAAGCUGUAGACAUUACUGGGACACUUAUUUUCCCCCCCACUGUAGUUUCACGCUGCAUGUUCCAUAACAUGCGGCUACCAACAAAGUUAUCAGGCUAAAAAGCAAGACGGCUAAAAGGCGCAGUAGCUCGUUAGCAGCAAAGCUAGCCUGCUAGCUCCCCGUCUCUCGUCACAAUGUCGGACACUCGGCGGCGAGUGAAGGUUUAUACGCUAAACGAAGACCGGCAGUGGGACGACCGGGGCACCGGGCACGUUUCGUCCACCUUUGUGGAGCGCCUAAAGGGAAUAUCUUUGUUGGUCCGGGCGGAAUCGGACGGAUCACUUUUGUUGGAGUCGAAGAUUAGCCCCAAUACUGCAUAUCAGAAACAGCAAGACACACUGAUCGUCUGGUCCGAGGCUGACAAUUAUGACCUGGCUUUGAGUUUUCAGGAGAAAGCGGGCUGCGAUGAGAUCUGGGAGAAGAUUUGCCAGGUGCAAGGGAAGGACCCCGCUCUAGACAUCACCCAGGACCCCAUUGACGAGUCAGAGGAGGAGCGUUUUGAGGAGAUCCCAGAGACGAGCCACCUCGUCGAGCUACCGCCCUGCGAGCUGAGCCGCCUGGAGGAAAUAGCUGACCUCGUGACGUCGGUGCUGUCGUCGCCCAUUCGCAGGGAAAAGCUGGCCUUGGCCCUCAUGAGCGAGGGCUACCUCAAGAAACUACUGGGCCUCUUCAGAGUGUGCGAGGACCUGGACAACAGGGAAGGCCUCCAUCACCUCUACGAGAUCGUCCGGGGCGUCCUGUUCCUCAAUAAAGCCGCGCUCUUCGAGGUGAUGUUCUCCGACGACUGCAUCAUGGACGUGGUGGGCUGCCUGGAGUACGAUCCGGCGCUGGUCCAGCCCAAGCGGCACCGAGAGUUCUUGACCAAGACAGCAAAGUUCAAGGAGGUAAUCCCCAUCACAGACUCUGAGCUGCGGCAGAAGAUCCACCAGACCUACCGGGUGCAGUACAUCCAGGACAUCAUUCUGCCCACGCCGUCGGUCUUUGAGGAGAACUUCCUGUCCACGCUCAACUCCUUCAUCUUCUUCAACAAGGUGGAAAUCGUCAGUAUGUUGCAGGAGGAUGAGAAGUUCCUCACAGAGGUUUUUGCGCAGCUCACAGAUGAAGCCACAGAGGAGAGUAAACGACGAGAACUUGUAAACUUCGUCAAGGAGUUCUGCGCUUUCUCGCAAACGCUGCAGCCUCAAAACAGGGACGCCUUCUUCAAAAUGUUGGCAAAUCUCGGCAUCCUGCCUGCGCUGGAAAUAGUCAUGGGAAUGGAUGACCUGCAGGUGAGGGCAGCAGCCACUGACAUCUUCUCCUACCUGGUGGAAUUCAGCCCGUCCAUGGUCCGAGAGUUUGUCAUGCAGGAGCCACAACAGACUGAUGAUGACGUCCUACUCAUCAACGUUGUGAUCAAGCAGAUGAUUUGCGACUCUGACCCCGAGUUAGGCGGUGCCGUCCAGCUGAUGGGUCUGCUCAGGACGCUAAUCGACCCUGAGAACAUGCUGGCCUCCACCAAUAAAACAGAAAAGACUGAGUUUCUGAGUUUCUUCUACAAGUACUGCAUGCACGUUUUAACAGCCCCACUGUUGGCAAACACGGCUCAGGACAAAAACUCAAAGGGUGAGCUGAGCUGCAGACGUCCUAUGUUGUCCUAUGUGACACAUUUUCAGUCUUUUUUUUUUUCCACUUUCAAAGAUUUACAAGAGGGAUCCACCAAGAUCAACCCUGUUUGUCCAGAUAACUUUCAGACUGCUCAACUGUUGGCUCUGAUUCUGGAGCUGCUGACCUUCUGUGUGGAGCAUCAUACGUACCACAUCAAGACCUACAUCAUGAAUAAAGACCUGCUGAGGAGAGUGCUUGUGCUCAUGAACUCCAAGCACACCUUCCUCGCUCUCUGUGCUCUGCGAUUCAUGCGCAGGAUUAUCGGCCUGAAGGACGAGUACUACAACCGGUACAUAAUAAAAGGGAACCUGUUUGAGCCGGUCAUCAACGCCCUGCUGGACAACGGCACGCGAUACAACCUCCUCAACUCGGCCAUCAUCGAACUCUUUGAAUUCAUCAAAGUGGAGGACGUCAAAUCCCUCAUCGCUCACAUAGUGGACAACUUCUACAAAGCACUUGAACCCAUUGAGUACGUGCAGACCUUCAAGGGCUUGAAGGGUCGGUACGAGCAGGAGAAAGACAGGCAGAGUCAGAAACUCACAAGAUAUCGUAGAGACGCUCGAUCUUUAGACGAGGACGAAGAGUUGUGGUUCAACGACGACGAAGACGAUGACGAAGCUGAGACCGUGGACAAGAGUCGAAUGGAAGACGACUACUCCGACGGCUACGGCAAGUACAUGGAGGCCAAAAAAGCAGGUGCCGCUAACGGAGCAAACAACGGUAAAGCUGCCGCUCUACCGCCCACCUCGCCUCCCUCCUCACCCAACAACAGCUCGGUAUCCUCGGUCAAGACGGUGGCUUUGCCCGCCUCUCCUGUAGUGAAGACCGCUCUGGUGGGCUUGGUGGACUACCCUGACGAUGAGGAUGAAGAAGAGGAAGACGAGGAGGAGGAGGAGCAGUCUCCAAGGAAGCGUCCUCGCCUGAGCUCUUAAAGGCCCGAUGUCCCCAAUGUCACCUUGGUCCUGCCGGGACGGACGUCACGGUCCCUCCUGUCCUCCAGCUGGAAGUGUCACUGGUCCCUUGUAGCUGCUGGGACCACGUCAAGGCGGAUUUAAGACCACCUCGCUCCAUCGUGACCUUCACUAACCUUUAACUAACUCACAGCUCGCCUCCUCCAUCGCUGUCCCAGGUCCGAAACCGCACCGUCCUCCGUCCCGACACCACCAGGGAGGCCGCAGCGGAAAUACAAGUGCCAAGGCCGGCUCCUCUAUCUGCUCCGUUGCUAUAGCAACGGCAGCCCGACAGGACCCGCCUCGCUCCCCACACCCACGCUUCUGAGCUCCGAGACGGAGACAGCCCGUGGACACGCCGUGCCACACAGGCCAGUCAGGCUAGCAGGACUAGCCCUCGUAGUUGUUAGGACGCUUGACUGGCCGCUCCCUCCCAUUGGCUCCCCUGGACGAGGUCACGCAUGUCUAACUAGGAACCAGGAAGCGAGCACACAAGACACGUCUCUCACCACUUUGUUCAGAAGAACUGUACAGACCACCUUCUCUUCCCUUUUUAAAGCAUCGCCCCGUUCUCCUUUGGGAAGGGAGAGAGCGACACUCGCCCAUGUGUGUCUUUUUUUAUUUGAUUUGAAAUCAUCGCACGGCGGUGGUGUCACUUUUCUCCCUUUCGGUUCAGGUCAUUUGAUUCUAUGUAAGUUGCAAAUGCUGGUUUUAAAAAAACAAACAUUAAAACUGCAGUAAAUUCA